AUGUACCAACGAGGCAUCGAGAUUUACGUGGCGCCCCACGCCGACGAUUUGGCCACCUGGACAGCAUCGAUGCAGCAUAUUGCGAAGGAAGGGCGUUGCUUUGUAGUAUCUGUCAACUCGUUCUGCAAGGUGUCGGAUUUUCCGCCUGACUACCCGCCUUUCACGGCCGAGCACCCCGAUCGGAGGCCGGACGGAGCACAGUGGGAGGCGGAUGAUAUUCUCAAUCACGGUGGCUCAUGCAUUGUCGGACCGCUGGGCACUUUUCUUGCCAAGCCGGUGUGGGACAAGGAAGAGAUCGUUUAUGCCAGCCUCCGAAUGGCAGACAUCACGGAGUCCAAGCUGGACUUUGACCCCAUCGGCAGCUACUCCCGGCCCGACAUCUUUUCGUUGACGGUCAACACCAAGCCGGCCGACAACGUCGUAUUCACCAGCUAA